AUGGUGAAGAAAAUUGAAGCUAAAUUCUUAGCUACUCUCUUCGUUUUCAUGGCUAUUUGCGGUGGUUUUGUGGCCGGAGGUGCAGAUACGGAGUUAGAAAACAAGUGCUCGGCGGAAUUUCAGAAGGUGACGGCGUGCUUGGCAUUUGCCACGGGGAAGGCGGCAGCGCCGAGCACCGGGUGCUGCGAUGCGGUGAAGGAUCUCAAGGAAAGUGAACCGGCUUGUCUUUGUUUCUUUAUUCUGCAGAUCCAUAAUGGUUCUAAUCCUAACAUUAAGCAAACGGGGGUUCAGGAAUCACGCUUGCUUCAGUUGCCUUCAGUUUGCAAAUUGACCAAUGCUAGUAUCACUGAAUGCCCCAAGCUCCUACACUUGCCUGCAAAUUCCUCUGAUGCUGCGAUUUUCACCAACGCUAAUGCUACAAUGACCACGCCGGGGACAUCACCCCCAACAAAUACUGGCGGCUCAAAUGAAUUCCGGCAUGGACCGCAGCAACUCACAGUACUUAUGACCGUAGUCAUGGCCAUCUUCUUCUAUGCAUUUCCUGCGGGGGUUUAA